UCUGUAGUAACUCUGCCGGCCCUCGGCAGUAGGCGCCGUGAGAGCCGGGAGUUCUCUCUGAGUUGGUGACACUGUCUGUCGGGUGUCAGAAAUCGCGGUCAAUCGGUGGUUUUUAGCGGACUGGACGGCGGGUUGCUGAGGCGGAGAGGCCCUCUAAACGAGCCAAGAUGCUGAAUAUGUGGAAAGUGAGGGAGCUGGUGGAUAAAGCCACCAAUGUGGUGAUGAACUAUUCGGAGAUCGAGUCCAAGGUUCGAGAGGCCACCAACGAUGACCCCUGGGGGCCCUCAGGGCAGCUCAUGGGGGAGAUUGCCAGGUCCACGUUCAUGUACGAGCAGUUCCCCGAGGUUAUGAACAUGCUAUGGACCAGGAUGCUGAAGGACAACAAGAAGAGCUGGAGGAGAGUUUAUAAGGCCUUAUUGCUGCUGGCAUACCUCAUCAAGAACGGGUCAGAGCGGGUCGUCACCAGCACCAGAGAGCACAUCUAUGACCUGCGCUCCAUUGAAAGCUAUCACUUUGUGGACGAAAACGGAAAGGAUCAGGGCAUCAACGUGCGGCAGAAGGUGAAGGAGAUGGUGGAGUUCGUGCAGGAUGAUGACCGUCUCCGUGAGGAGAGGAAGAAGGCCAAGAAGAACAAAGACAAAUACAUCGGGGUGUCCUCCGACAGCAUGGGGGGGUUCCGAUACUCGGACAAAUACGAAUCGGAGCCCAGGUCCAAGUGGGACGAUGACUGGGACAAGAACAAGGCCUUCCCCUUCAGCGAGAAGCUGGGCGAGAUCACCGACAAAAUUGGGAGCACCAUCGACGACACGAUCAACAAGUUCCGCAAGAAGGAUCGCGACGACUCGCCUGACAGGUUCAGCGACAAUGAGGAGGACAGGGAGCGAGCAGCCCGCAAUGGCCGACCCGGCAGGUCCGAGUUCAGGGAUGAGGAAGAGGAGACGACUCCCAGGGACACCACCUUAACGCAGGCGAAAGAGAGCAGCAACAGCAGCGCCGCACGCAAGCGAGGGGGGGUCCCCUCCAAGACUGUGGACCUGGGCGCCGCUGCCCACUACACGGGUGACAAGGGCAGCCCCAGCCCCUCCAAGGUCCAGACACCAGGUACAGAAGCAAGUCAGUCUUCCAGCACAGGCCUGGCGGACCUGCUGGUCGUGGACUCCGGCAGCAGCCAGACGGCGUCCCCAGCACCAGACCUGAUCAGUGAGUUCGGCAACUUCUCGUCUCCGACCGCCCCUGCCAGCGUCCCCACGGUAGCCGCCACAGCCUCCGGCGUGAAUGAUGAUUUUGGCGACUGGAAUGCCUUUCCCAGCGGCACACCAGCGCCCCCUGCUGCCAUGGAUCUGUUCGCCGGCAUGCAGGCCACGCCGGCACCCUCCAUUGCUCUCCUGAACCUGAUGGGUCCCUCCCCUGUCCAGCCCACCCUGAGCGCCUCUCAGAGCAUGACCUUCUCCCUCACCAGCUCCCAGAGCACGGGUAUCCCCAUGUCCAAGUCCCAGCCGCUGCAAAGCCUGAGCUAUCCCAUGAUGCCGCAGCCAAUGGGGGUGCCAAAGCCGGGGGUCAAGGCCGCCAUGCCAUCAACGUGGUCGGACCCCAGCGUCAACAUCAGCUUGGACUUCCUGUCGCCGGGCUCGCAGCCGCCUAAACCGGCCCAGCCCAGUCUGAACACCAUGAUGCAGCAACAGGGUGCCCAGCCGCCCAUCGCCAUGGUUAGCCAGGGCUUCGCUGGUAUGAACCUGUCCAUGCAGUCCUCGCCAACUGCCGUCCGGCCGCCCAGCAACCCUAUGAUGCCCAGCGGCAGCAUGGCGAUGCCGCCCAUGAUGGCCACGGGCACCAUGGGCAUGGGCUCCCUGGGCAUGCCCGUCGGCCAUGGCGUGAACAUGAACAUGGGGGCACCCUCGCUCGGUCUGGGGCUGUCUGGGGGCACGGGCCUGGGCCACGCCAGCCCUGCCAUGGUGCCCCCAAAACCGGAUGCCUUUGCCAACUUCGCCAACUUCGGCAAAUGAGAGGCUGCGUGGGAGGGGGCAGUGGGGGGGGGGGGGCGCUUUGCGACCUGACAGUCAUGAAGGAUCGUAGGAACUGCACACAGAGACCAUGAGGCCCACGUCCCCCAGCCUCGACGUUCCAUACGUGCAGAACCAAGGACUUU